GGUUUAUAAAAGACGAGGUGGUUCGUCGGGUGAUAGGUUAAAAAAAAAAAAAGUCAGAGAGCUAUUUGUGGCCUGUCGCUUCGCAAACCAGCCACAGAAAGAACAGCAUGGAGACGCUUCUUUUUCUAUUUCCUCAAUUCAACUACAUGGCCCCAAAGGAGGAAGCGUAUUUCAAAAUGCUUGGUCCAGAGGACUUGCAUGCACCAAAGAUGAAGGACGAUACUAGCAGACAGAAAGACAAGGAGAGGAAGAGCCGACUAAGCCUUUUUCUCACCAAGUCAGGCUCUCAUGAAAACGUCAGUCCCCAUAAAAAGACAAAUACGACACCCAGCAACAUCACAGCAGAGGCAGCUUUGCAAUGGAGCGACUCCUUUGAAGAACUGCUGAAGCACUCAGAUGGAGUGGAAAGCUUCUCUCAGUUCCUCAGGACAGAGUUCAGCGAGGAAAACAUUGAAUUCUGGUUGGCCUGUGAAGAAUACAAGAACAUUGAUUCUGAGACAAAGCUGCUGUCCAAAGCCAAAUAUAUUUAUACGGUGUAUAUUGAAUCGGAGGCCCCUAAAGAGGUCAACAUUGACUACAACACCAAGAUGGCUAUUCAGAAGGUCAUAGCACAUCCCACAAAGACCUGUUUUGAAGCGGCCCAGAUGAAAGUCUACAGCCUGAUGAAAAAGGACUCCUACCCCAGGUUCCUCCACUCUGACAUUUAUAUGCGUCUCACCAGGAGGAAAGGCCCGGGGGCAACUAUGUUUCGCAGAAGGUCACGCUCCUGUGUGUUCAACGACAGGGGCGAGGCCACCAACGAACCUUCGGCCUGGUAGUGGUAACUGCAAAGUCGCUCACUCUGUGAAUGAUGAUAUUAUUACACAGGAGAUGAUCCAUGAUUAGCAGCACAGUUGUUGAAACUUGAUGUUUGGUGCAGAGGCUUAUUAUCCACAGGUUUGCUUCUGCAGUGAGUGUUAUUUUUUAUAACCACUGAUGUCACAGUGGAUCAUGUCACUCACAUAUUGUCAUGGCAGCUUGCCAGUGGUGAACAAUUCAAAGAAAUAGUUUGACAUUUUGGGAAACAGGCUCAUUUGCUUUCUUGCUGAGAGUUCAAUUCGAAGAUUGACACCACUCUCAUGUUUGUAGAUAAAUGCAGCUUUGGUCAACUGGUUAGCUUAGCUUAGCAUAAAGACUGGAAACAGAGGGAAACAGCUAGCCUGGCUCUGUGCAAUGAUAAAAGACAAUACAAAUCUCCCUAUCAACACUUCUAAAGAUAGCUAAUUAACAUUUUAUAUCAUUUUUGUUCUGUGUAAAAACCUACGAGUGAAAAAACAAACACUGCUGUGUUUUAGAGGAUUGUGUAUUGUUAUUUGGGGGAUGAAGGAUUCCUGUACUGUGUGCAGUAACUUCCUGGGGCCUUGUCGUCAGUGUGAACGGAGACUUCAGGAAGUCACUGUUUAAAUAAAGAGCAGUGGUGGGCAGGUUACGCUUAAUAUUAACCAUAGACAUGAGAGUGCUAUCAGUAUCAUCUUCUUCUCCUCGCCUUGGCAAUAAACUGAACAAGCAUAUUUCCCAAGAUGUCAAACUGUAAGUACUAUACUACACAGCUGGAUAACAGCUGACACCUUUACCCUUUCAGCUAUAUCAACAAGUUAAGAAAUGUUAUGGGGCCACUACAUCAGAGGCACGUGGUCAUCUGAAAAUAACAGACAUCCUCUGGCCAAUCAGAACUGAGCAUUCUCCGUGGCCAUGGUGUAAAACCAGAGUAUUCACUUUGCACUUAUGGACCAAUCCAUUCAUUCUCUUUCUCGGAGGCAAAGCGCAAAUCUUGAAGCCGAACUUGAACAAAAGUGGAACAGCUAAGCCCCGUUUCCACCAAACACUUUUGGUACGGUACCUUUGGGACCGAAAGUAACCCUUCAGACAUGGUACCUAGACCCUUGCGUUUCCCCCACAAACAGUA